AUGGCUCUUCGUUUCGAGAACAAAGAAUAUGUUCUUGAAAAGGAGCUCAAAGAGCUUGAUGAGAAUGAAGCUACUCCUGAAGAUCUUGCUGCCUACAAGAAACAUUACGAUGAUGCUACCAAAGUGGCAUGCAUCAUGGUGGCAACUAUGUCCCCAGAACUGCAGAGGGCAUUGGAAGAGAUCUUGCCCACAAUAUCUGCAAGAUAUCAAGGAUGGCAAAGUGAAGCCAUCUUCGGCAGGGUCUAAAGGAAAGUGAGGAGAUAGAGCGAGGAAGGAUAAACCUGAUCAUGGGAAACAGAAAGUCUUCACCAGUAACCAAGAUCGGAGUUUAUCAGCUUCUGCUUAGUAAUGAUGUUAGAUUAGAUUUAAUAAAUUGUUGCUAUUCGUCUGAGAUGACGAGAAACAUUAUUUCAUUUCAUGCAUUGUUCAGACAAGGUUUUACAUAUUCUUUUAAU